AUGGAUGCUCACAGAGUCCCUCUCAUUCCUGUUAUGAUCUAUGAAGUUAUAGCAGCCACAUAUUGUGAAUUGGCUGUGCAAUUAGAGGAUGCUGGCUUUGAGCGCCUCCAGUACUCUGAUUGGGUCUGUGACAACAUAGACACUGUGGGUGCAUACUGGACAAUGCUGUCUUUAAUGGGGAUCUGCCCCCCAGGGAAAUUCCAAAGUAUGGUGAAGAGUGUCAAGAUUCACUAUAUCUCCAAUUGGGAGUUCAAUGCAACUCAGGGGAUUCAAUUGGGUGGAGGCUAUUCUCACAUGUUACAGGGGAUGACUCCAGUGGGCCUAGUGCCACCUGAGGUUCCAGCAGCUGUACCUCUGCAUAUGCCACAGAGGCUUCCACAGUUUACCAAGCAAUCUGAAGAGGCCAUGAACAUGAAUAAUUGGAGGGUCUAG